ACUCAAAAUUUCCACGAUACAAAAUUUUUGAACUCAGUCAGAUGGAAGUGCCUCCGGCCCAGAAUGAAGAAGUAUCUACAACAACUCCCGAAGAACCGUACUCAGUGGAAUGUGUUAUCUGCCUGGAGCCGCUGUCGAUAGCUAGACGGAAGGCACUGGAGUGCUGUCACUGUUUCCACGAGUGCUGCAUCGAUGAGUGGCUGUUCCGGAAGAAGAACUGUCCAACCUGCCGCCGAGAUACGCUGGUAACGCCCCGGAAGUCAGCCAUUGCAUCGAGACGGAGGAUGCGCCGGAAUAAUCCGCUGGUCCGAGAUCCUACUACCGGUCGCAGACCUGCUCUGGCAUCCCGGCAGCGAUCACGCUCCCGACCGAAUCGAAACCCUCCUGACGGUUAG